UGCGUUUCUGCUCAUACUAAAGUAAUACUUUCUGAAUAACUCCUCUCUGGCCUGUUGAGUCUCAAGUCGAGGGAAACAGUGGGAGCAGAGAGCGAUCUGAACUGUAUCUGUGGAUUAUAAAGAUGCUUUAGAUGUAGUUUAUGUUCUUUUGUUUACGGAACGCAGAGGAUGCAUUAUUCCGCAUCCCAGCCCGGGACAUUAUGUUAGGGUAAUGUUUUCAUCUGUUUUUUGUUUUUGUUUUUUUGUUCUGUUGGACUUGGAACCCAGUUUGUGUUUGUUUUAAAAGAGAUUUACAUCAUGCACGAUGCCUAAAACGGUUCUAAAAGGAUUUUAAGACAGUGAGUUGCAAGUGUUUGCCGGUGUCGUGUUUCUGCUGGACGGGAUUUAUGGAAGUAUAUUUGCGGCUGAAUAUUGUGGUUUUGCGGAAUAAUGAAACGACAUAAAUGUUGGGAUGUUGGAGAAUAAUACAACAAGGGUAUAUUACAAUAUGAAAGUAAUCCCUAAUACUUUCUUUUAGAGUUACAAAUGUUGCAAAUACGAUUAUAAACUCAUUGUUUUAUUUUAUCUGAAACAUAAACCAUUCCUGCCUUCUACUUUGUGGUCAGUAAGGUUUAAAUCUUUUCCUCAGAAUUUGACCAAUAGCCUCAAAACAGUCGCCAUAGGCUAUGAGUACUGUUGUGCUGUAUAACCUGAUUUAAGGCUAUAGGGUACAUACCAAAGAGGCUGAAAACAGUCCUUUUUGUGUUAGAUUUGAUCAGUAAAGAAUUCUGCACUUUGAUAUGAAGUAAGGAAGCUGUUUGUGUGGCCCAUUUUGUGUAUCUGCCUUGAUAUUGCAAAUAAAAGACAACAAAAUGUCACUUAGAGCCAAAGCCCUCUACACAUUCCAAAGUGAAAACAAGGAAGAGAUAAGCAUCCAGGAGAAUGAAGAGCUGGUGAUUUUUGAUGAGAACUCUGUGGACGGUUGGUUACAAGGCGAGAACAGUCGAGGAGAACGAGGGCUCUUCCCAGCCUCCUAUGUGAACAUAAUCCGGUGCCGUUCUGGGUCCAACCUGACGGAUCAAUCCCUCAGCUCUCCUGAAAGUUCUCCUGGAAAAGAUAUAUCGUACAUUAACACCCCACCUACGACCCUACUGAGUGAUGAUGAUGAUGAUUGGGACGACUGGGAUGACAGCUCAACGGUCGUUGACGACGAAGAUCCACAGAGAGGGAUGGGUGCCAAUGGGCAUUCCCACCAGAGGGGGUAUUCCAACCCAAAUGUCCACUACCGCGCCAAGCCGUACAUGGAACGCCAAGACAGCAUGUCCAGCAACAGAAAGGGUAGCAUGGUGGGCAGGAACUUGAAUCGUUUCUCCAGUUUCGUGCGUUCAGGAGUGGAGGCCUUCGUACUUGGUGACGUGCCCAUGAUGGCCAAAAUCGCUGAGUCUUAUUCAAUAGAAAUGGGCCCACGGGGACCCCAAUGGAAGGAGAGCCCUCAGCCCUUUUCCUGUUCCAUUGAAGACCCUACAAAACAGACAAAGUUCAAGGGUAUCAAGACUUACAUCUCAUACAGAGUGACCCCUAGUCAUACUGGCAGUCCGGUGUACCGACGCUACAAGCACUUUGAUUGGCUAUACAACAGACUACUGCACAAAUUCACGGUCAUAUCCGUGCCCCACCUUCCAGAAAAACAAGCCACAGGCCGUUUCGAGGAAGAUUUCAUUGAGAAGAGGAAGAGGAGACUAAUAUUAUGGAUGGACCACAUGACCAGCCACCCGGUUCUAUCACAAUACGAGGGUUUCGAACACUUUCUAAUGUGUGCAGAUGAUAAACAGUGGAAGCUCGGUAAGAGAAGGGCGGAAAAGGACGAGAUGGUCGGUGCUCAUUUCAUGCUCACCUUCCAGAUACCCAACGAGCACCAGGAUCUUCAGGAUGUUGAGGAGCGCAUUGACUCCUUCAAGGUGUUUGCAAAAAAGAUGGACGAUAGUGUGAUGCAGUUGACGAAUGUUGCUUCAGAAUUGGUUCGUAAACAUCUAGGAGGCUUCAGGAAAGAGUUUCAAAGGCUUGGGAAUGGUUUCCAGUCCAUCAGUCAAUCAUUCUUGUUGGAUCCUCCAUACAGCUCAGACGCCCUCAGCAACGCCAUCUCACAUACCGGACGAACCUACGAGAACAUUGGCGAGAUGUUUGCAGAGCAGCCCAAAAACGACCUGUUUCAGAUGCUGGAUAAACUGUCGCUGUAUCAGGGCCUGCUGGCCAACUUCCCUGACAUCAUUCACCUGCAAAAAGGUGCAUUUGCAAAAGUUAAGGAGUCUCAGCGAAUGAGUGAUGAAGGCAGGAUGGACCAAGCGGAAGCAGACGGCAUUCGUAAACGCUGCAGGACUGUGGGUUUCGCCCUGCAGGCUGAAAUGAAUCAUUUCCAACAGCGGAGGGAGGUGGAUUUUAAAGAAAUGAUGCAGGCGUACCUGCGGCAACAGAUUGCCUUCUACCAGCGUGUUGGUCAGCAGUUAGAGAGAACCCUGCACAUGUACGAUAACCUCUAGGGCCUGACCUUUGACCUUUGUACCAUAAUGGAGAUAGGACACUCCUGUGGAUGGAUACACAAGGGUUGAUUUGAAAUCCAGACUGGAUAUUUUACAAGAGAAAGUAGACAUUGCACACCGCUUCUGCACUUAAAAAUGUCACUUUUAACCCCAGAAACCAACAUUAUAGUUUACUGUUUGAAACAAUGUACAUGUAAAGUGUAUCUUUGAUUUCGCUAUGAAGUUUAUUUAAAUGUCUGUUAGAUCAAUGUUACUCUUUUUCACAUUGUUUCAUUCGAGAGUCUAACAUGCGAGUGAUGUUACUUGUGUUUCAUCAGGUGCAGAUGCUAAUCGGACUCCAAAAACCACAGUGUAACACUUCACGUCUUAUUAAGUACAAUGUAAACUACAAAUCUGAAUCUUGUCGCAGAUAAUUGAAAAGUCGCUCAACUCAGCAGUUUGCUAAUACAGACUUCGCUAGUUUGUUGUAAAACUAGCAUAUGACGCAGCUUGUUUACAUGAUCAUUUGCCAAAACACAUAAUUUUCUUUUUUAAAAGCACAUUGGGACAUGACAAUGUCUACUGUAAAAAAAAAAAAAAAAUCUAUAGCAUAGUAACACUGUCUUAUCUUGUUUACCGAGUUUUUGUUUGGUUUCUAUUUUAUUGUGUUUUGCUGGGUUGCCCCGCCCACAGUGAAAUCUUAUUGGUCCAAAAUUCUGUUCUAGAUAGUUGUUAAAGCCACAGUGUGUGAUUUUCCAAACAGGUUUAGCAAACACGUGUGCUUGCUGAUGUUCGAACAGAUAGUCUCGCGUUUCGGUAAAUUCAACCUACGAAUGGCUUAGGUAUAGAUCAAAUUACACACAGCUCAAAUUACACACAUAUGCUCUGAUUUCCCAUGAUUCGAACAAAAUUUAGCACAGAAGCUUGUUGCAUUGCGUCUAGCUAAGAUGAGAUGCACAUUUAGAAAUCUUUGUUUGUUAAAUUCACUAAACGUUAAACGUGAGUAGAUGAGCAGGAAAUACACACAGCAGGUUUGUGUGGCCUCUGCUCGAAUCCAGAACGUUUAAUCAGAUGAUAUGUGUAAUCCAGCUCCUCUCAGACAACAGAAAAUUCCUGAGUUUACAUAAAAAGUGAGUUACAGUGAAUCACAUGUUUGAGCCAUGUGACAUUCAUCAGAGAAUUCGAGUCAGGAUGUCCAGAGUGCUCCCAGAUGCGGUAGACAGAGUGUCCUUCCAUGAUAAUGAACGUGAAUACAAGUUGAUGUGAGUUGGAAAGACUGUUUUGUAAUUCUGGAUCUGGGAUUAAUUUUUCAAAUGUUUUUGACUGAGAUAAAUGUUUUGUAAGUUUUUUGGAAAGUCUUCCUACCCAGAGGAUAUGAAUUUCAGUCGUAAAUACUUCAGUAUUAGCAUUAGCAUCUUUAGCAAAAUAAAUGUUUGUUUGGGGUGUUUCUAAAGGCGGAAGGAAACCUACUUCUUUUCUCCUUUUUGUGUUCUCAGGAAAAACCAGAAAGGGCUUACACGUUGUGCUUGAUUUUUGUUUUCCUUCCUUUUCAUUUUUAGUUCUUAGAUAUAAGAGGUACAGGGGUUUAUAUUAGUAAGUAUCAUGGCUGCAAUCUCACUUGACUCUGUGGUGAAGAGUUGCCAUUUUACAGUGCUUUUAGAUUAAACUUGUCUCUUGUCUCAAGUUUCAGAUUGUAAACUUGGAUGCUUACUGUUUGCACACUUGUUAACACUUAAGGACCAAAGUUUUACUGAGGGUUUACGAAAAAUGUUAGAGGUUUAUCUGAGCAGGUUUGGACUUGAUUAAUCUGGACCUGACACAAAUGUUAUGUAGAAACAACUAUAGAAAUGCAUUAAUAAAUUAAGUCAACAUGAAAUUAAAAUUGAGCCUAUUUUUUUUUCUUAAUACAUGUUCUUGGUAUUAUUAUGAACAAAAUGUUAUAUUCAUAAUCGUUAAUGAAAAUAUAUAACUUGCUCCGCCUCUGAAAUGACUUUCCUUUUCGGCCGAUGUCACCGAACCUAUUUGUAAGCCCCUCCCCUUCAACCACCUGUCACAUAGAGACACAUUUUCACCAUCCAAUAAAUUCCUGGAUAAAAUCCUGCCUUUAAAGCUGAAGUAUGUAACUUUUUCUGUGUUAAAAUACUUUCUCCUAUCCCAGCUUAAGAUGCAGAGACAACUAUUAGUUAGCCAUUCAUAGGUUAAUUGUCUUGAAAUCUGUAAGCACUGUGAUUCAGUGGCACUAUGAAAAUUGCUCUGUUUGUUUUGAGCGACUUUGUUUGAGCUUAGACCCGCUUAGGGACUGUCUCUUUGUUUGACCAAUGACGGGGGGCGUAUUCAGAAAGCUGUUUUGAAAACAAAAUGUAUUUUUGCAAUUCCGUUUGGUGACACUAGUGGCACAGAAAUCACAUACUUCAGCUUUAAGUCCUGACCUACAUUAUUUUUUUCUCAGAAACUGCGAAGUACACCCCAUUACGUUAGUAAAAUUGGUCGUGAACAACAUUUCAUGUUGACUUGAAAAUAAACAUCCUGAAGAAUAUUUGUAAGUGCCUGAGAACUGACCAGUCCUGUGGUUUGCAGAAAUGUUAUUUUGGUAUCCAGAUGUUUAUAUACUAACAGGUCUAAUUAGUUAAAGAAUUACUGUCCGAUCCCUCUGGGGAUUUCCUUUCUGGUAAAGAGGGGAAAAAAGUACAGAUAAACAAAAAGCCUGUUUUCCAUUCUCUGGAAAUCUUUGGAACACAAACAGACCGAGUGUGUUGUGGUUGUGUGUCCAUUUGGCCACUUCACCCGCAUUCUGAGAUACAGCAUAGCUCAAAUGCACUGUAGAGUUCCUCAUACCAAAGGCAUACAGUUUUCCAUGACUAGACUAAUCCAAAUAUUCUGCUUUCAUUAUGGUCUCCUUGCUUUUUGUACUAGAGACAGUGGCAAUGUUUUAUCAGGGCACAUUUGAAGAUGAAUUACUCACAUUCUGAACAUAUUUAAAUGAGCAAAUAUGGAACAAACGCAAAGGAUGGACUCUCUUCUCAUUGAUCAAGAUCUGGAAUAAUCAGUUCUGGAGGGACGGCAGACCUCAUACGGAUGAUUUUGGACUCUUUUAGGACGUGUGAGAUCUUGCUCUGUGUUUACUCACUGUAAGGAGGACAGUAGAAUUUAUAUAUUGUGUAGAUUUUAUACUUUUCCACAGAUCUUGUGUUAAACGGGAUCUGAAUAAAUAGAUCUCAGAAUGGGUUGUGUCUUUUUUAU